GAACAUUGGCUUCACUCAGACUCCCUCUCGCUGUUAGAAACAGUGGACUGCUCAUUCUCAUCUUGGGGCAGAUGCUCGUCUGAGGGGAAUGAUGAUUCGAUUUCUCGACGAGAAAAAGGCGGAAUUUCCUUUCUGUGGCGAAAAGAGAUGAAUAUAUGUAUUGAUCCUAUGAAUGAACUCGACAGAAUACUGGUAUUGAGAGUCAAACUGCUAGAUGACACCUAUGUUUAUAUUAUUGGGGUUUAUCUGCCUACGACAUCCGAACCAGCUGACACAUUUAAUUAUCGUUUGAAACUCCUGGAAGAUGAAUCGUUAGGACUUUGUAACAAUGGAUCCAUUAUCAUACUUGGUGAUUUGAAUGCUCAUAUCGGACAGCUAGCCGGAGAGAGAAGCUUUACAAAAAUCAAUUCCAGAGGGCGUUGUGUUCAUAGAAUAGUAGAUAACUUAAAUUUAUUUCUGUUAACUCGCAGAGCUUGUGUAAAGGACCCAUUGAAACAUUUUAUGGGAGCCAGGGACUUAUUAGGACAGCUAGAGAUCACAUAUUUGUUCCAAGAGAAUUUAGUACCUUUAUCGCUGAAUGUGCUGUUAUAG